CUUUGGAUGGUUAAAAGUGCUUUGAUGUUGCAUGAAGUGGAGGGAAGCAAUGAGUGGAGAAUCAAAUACCGUAAACAAAAUGACAAGCACUACAGAAAAGAAGCAGGGAAAUUCAGAGUCAGACUCAGGGAGCCCACAGAAGACAAAAACCAGCAAACCUGAACAAGAAAAUAAAAAAUCAAGUUCUUCAAGUGAGGAAAGUAAAUCUAGCAAGAGGAAGACUGCAGAAGGUGGGAAGGGGGAAGAUGAUGGCUCUGAAUCUGCAUCUGGUUCAGAUAAAGAUAAAGCUAGUAAAGCUCAAGAAGGAAAGAAAGAUAAAGAUGUUUCAUCUGGUGAAAGCAGUAGCAGCAGCAGUAGCAGCAGCAGCAGUAGUAGCAGCAGCAGCAGCAGUAGCAGCAGCAGUACCAGUAGCAGUGGCAAAAGGUCUUCCAGAAUCAAAAAGAGAAUUGAACCUGAGCCAGCUCGAGCAACAGCAAGAAUUAGAAAGAAAAUUAUUAGGGUACGAGAUACAAGAAAGAGAGGUGAUUCUUCAUCAAGUGAUAGUAGUAGCAGUAGCAGAAGUUCAUCAGAGAGUAGUUCUGGAUCUUCAAGUGAUUCAAGUGAUUCUCGUACUUCGACAUCAGGUACUUCUUCAAGAUCAAGUUCAUCUUCAAGUAGUUCCAGUUCAUCAUCGAGCUCCGAUUCAAGAGCGCAAGUGAAGCGCAAAAAUCGGAGUGCCCCUCGCAAUGUUGAGGCUGUGCGGAAGAUGAAAGAGAGACUGAAAAUGAGACAGAAGACAAAAGAAAAUGUAAAGGAGAGAGUCAAGGUGAGACAAAGGGAAGACAGGAGAAAGCCUCAACCAAAAAUGAGAACUGUUGUUCGUUCAAGGUCACCAGGAAGACGUAAACGUAGAGAGCGCUCACCUACUCCAAAACCCACGAAGCUGCAUAUUGGUCGACUUACAAGAAAUGUGACAAGGGAGCAUAUCUAUGAAAUAUUUCAGGCAUUUGGAAAUGUAAAAAGUGUGGAAUUUCCAAUGGAUAGACUGCACCCUGGGUGUGGUAGGGGGUUUGCAUAUGUUGAAUAUGCAACACCUGCUGAGGCUGAAAGUGCAAUGAAGCAUAUGGUUGGUGGUCAGAUAGAUGGCCAGGAGAUCACUGCUGCUCUGGUGCUGAUGCCACCCAAACCAAGACCACCUCCACCUCGUCGCAGUCCUCCUCCCCGCAGACCUGUGCAUCGUUGGCCUCGUACACCACCAAGGUAUCGGCGUCGUUCACCUCCUCCACCGCCACGCCGAAGAAGUCCACCUCGUCGGCGACCUUACCGCUCCAGAUCUCGUUCUCGAACACCUAUUCGUCGCAGGCGGUACAGUUAUUCAAGCUCCAGUAGUUCACACUGAUUUUGUUUGUAAAGAAACUCUUGGUGUACAUAAUGUGUUACAUGUGUAGAUUGUUGGGACACUUUCAGUAUUUAGGAGAAAAAAAUAAUACUAUCAAGGAGAUGCUUUUGCCAAAAACUGGGAAUGACAGGAAACAGGCCAAAACAUAAUCGCCAAAUUGAUUGUUGCAUGAAACUGAAGCAAUGACAGGAGGCUAAAAAGCUUAUUCUGGUGGAAACCAGUUUGUGGGUGCAAAUGAUUUUUAGAGCAAUAGAAAUUAGUGUUGGUAGUAAAAUUCGGAAAGCAUUUAAAGGUUAGGAGAUUCUAUCAUUGAGAGGAAGAGUAAGUUUAAAAAUGCAUGGAUAACUUAUCAGAUAAUGAUCCUGUGUUGGUAACUAUUUCAGAUCACAUCAACGUGAGAAGUGGUUGGCUAGAAUAAGGACUGUACAAUUUGUGACUGAAUAAUGUAAUCACGAUUAGUGUUUGAUUUCUCGUAGAAUCUGGAGUGAGACUUCAGAAAUGGAUGGCGCAUGCAGUUCAAAAAGUUACUGGUGUAUGUUAGAACAUUUUCACCCACAUUAGCUCGUUUCCAUUUGCUGCCAUUUCAAAGUCUCCAUCUAGUACAUGUUAAAUGGGUACAUAGUACAAAUUUCAUCAGCUUUCAUUCCAAUUUGUGAAUGAAGUGAGAUGAAAGGCUUGCCUUUAGGAAACCAAAGUGUAUUGAAGAUCUAUUUUAAGGCCCAUGUAUUGGAAUUAUGCUAUAACUUUUUGCACGUAGGUAAUAUCUUACUAGUGGGAUUUUCAUGAUUGUUCGAGUGAACAGCACAAUCAGAUAAUUUAUUGUUUCAGUGGUUGUAAAUUACUGUCAUAUAUAAAGAAAGUAAUAAAUGUGAGGAAGCAUGAAGAGUCAUUUAAAGUUACCUGCCUGUACAAUUGUUGUUCGUGUCAAACCAGUGUCCACUUGCUAUAUAAUUGUUGUUCGUGUCAAACCAGUGUCCAGUUACUGAAUGUGAUUAUAACCGUAGGGUUAUGAAUAUGUCCAGUGUUCUGUAGAAAUAAUGUGUUUCUUACAGUCUUAUUUAUUUUUUGAAUUUGAUUGUGUUUGUGAUGUUUUUAAUUUAUAUUUAAAUGAAAUGUGUGAUGAUAAUCCUACAGUAAACUUAUUUUUCCAGAACUGAAAAUGAAAUUCUAAAAAUGGAAAACAUAAAUCUUUUCAUCCCUCCUGUGUGUGCUGGAAUUUUCCGAGAAUUGCUUUUCAGGGAAGGGACAAAAGAAUGAGUAUCAUAAGCAACUCACAUGACUGAAAAUUGUGGUUUAAUGUGCCCUAAAUGCAUAGUGCCAUCCAAAUAAAAUAAAGUAAAUGUCAGAUACCUGUAUGAUCAAUGCACAUUGACUUGAGGGCUGUGGCAUAAUGUGGUUAUGUAUUUGCCCUAAACUGUAAUAUUUUGCUAAUACUAAAAAGGGAAAAUAACAAAUUAUCAAAUUGUAUGUGAUACUUGAAGUACUGUAUUAAUGCACAGUUCAUACUUUAUGCUACAUAGGUAAUAUACUGCAGUUCAGUUUAUGGUUGGUUGGUUGGUUGUUUGGGGAAGGAGACCAGACAGCGUGGUCAUCGGUCUCAUCGGUUUAGGGAAGGAAGUCGGCCGUGCCCUUUCAGAGGAACCAUCCCGGCAUUUGCCUGGAGUGAUUUAGGAAAACCUAAAUCAAGAUGGCCGGACGCGGGAUUGAACCGUCGUCCUCCCGAAUGCGAGUCCAGUGUCUAACCACUGCGCCACCUCGCUCGGUGUUCAGUUUAUGUUUCAGUUUUAUGUCAUAUAAUGGAAUGAAGAAAAUUUAUGCAUUCACUUAAAAAAUGGAUUUUGUUUAAAUGAAUAAAGCUCAGUUGUAGGUUUCGAUAAGUAGCAAGGAAUGUGUAAAAAAUGUGUGUAUUUACUGACGAACUGCAGCAAGUUAGAUGUAUUCAAGCUGUGAAAGACUUAACCUUCACUUGCUCAGAAUGCAUUUCAAACCAUUCAGUACUAGGCAGUGAUUCAAGAUAAAGUGCCAGUCAAGCAGAAUUUGGGUUUCUUUAUUUAGAUGCCAUACCCACUUCUCAAAGUGUACAUACACAGAGCAUCACACCUCUAUUUCCCACUUUGUUGUGUAAGACCAAUCCAUUGCAUUUUGUGAUGUUUCAAGGUCUGUCAUAAAUACAAAAAUUUUGUUUGUAUUACAAUUAGUAAUAACAUUUUAAUAUUUUGUUUCUACAACAACAUAUGUAAAUGUAUGUGAGCUUAUUGUCACUGUGGAAAUGAAAAUUAAUUUCCAAGACACUUA